CCGGUGUUGUGAGAUGUAAUGUUUACAUGUGUGUUGUGCAAUAGCGAACGAAGUCUUUAUCCAUAUAAAUAAGCCUGACAUUGAGCAAACUAAACGAAUAAACAUGAAAUAACACACGAAACUAAGAUUCUUUGACACCUGAAAAUCUCAGGCCACAUAUUUGGUGCAUGAAAAUCAUUGAUUGAGCCAAAUUAACCAAAGGACAAAGUGCAAUCGGACAGACUUGUGCAAUUGUAAAUAAUAUCGAAAACGGAACAGGGCAACAACUUGGAAGCUUUUAGGCAUUUUUCACCAGAUAUUUUGAUUGUGUCUUAAUCAUGCGAGGCCGAGGAAGAGGACGUGGUCGUGGUGGAAGAGGUCGUGGUGGAAGGGGUCGUGGUUCAAGCCGGGGAAGAGGAGGUCGCAAUACACGAUCCCAGUCAAAGCCCAGGGAAGAGACAACGACAACUCCCAAGGAGUUGAAUAUCGAGACUGACGUUACCUCAUAUUUUGUGGGCAACGUCUCUGCAGACCAGCAUUACGAGGGGCAGCAGCAGAACCGUGACAGAUAUGCAGCCGCUAUGGCUGUCCUGCAGAAUAAUGGCGUAGAUAUAGUGCAGAAUGCUAGAAUCAGAGCCCUCGCAGCCGCCUGGGCGAGACAUGACUAUGAGUUGGCAAACGCUUUUCUCCAGAACAAAGACAACUUUGGGCUGCUUGAAGUUCUCAAAGCUGUGACUUUGCUGGACUCUGGGCGCCAAAUUCGUGUCCUUGAAAAGAAGAUGAAACGUUUACAGACAUCUGCCGGCAAAGUGAAACCCACAACAAUUGGCAAACUGAAGUCGGACAUCGACAACUUGAACAAGCAUAAACCGUUGCAUGGCACAGCCAGUGGAGCCAUCUGUAAACAUGUUCGAAGUUGGGUAAAGCAUUUCACGAAAGAUGAACUGGAGUUCUACGCUUUACAUUUUCCCAAGGAUCCCUGGACGAAGUUGGCCGACAUUUGUCAUUUUCAUCCUAAACAGGAUUUUCCCGCCCUAGAUUGGUUCCUGGAAUACUGCUAUGGUGGUCCCGCCCCAGAGGGGUCUAUGGUUCAGCGGUGUUGCAAUGUUACUGCCGAGAAUGUGAAUAGCUUGAUACAGGAGUUCCCCAUCCCAUACACUCAUGUGAAGUUACACUUGACUGCUCUCACGAACGAAUCGAAGGCACGGAUAGCUUCAUACGAGAAGAAAUUGGAUACAGUGAUUUGGUGGUACGACGAACUGAAGUGCACUGAAGUGGACGAGGUUAUAACAAGACGUGUCCAGGCAGGGGAAGAGAUUACUCUGCCUAAUGGCAAGCUUCUGGAACGUCUUCUGGCGAUCAAGAUGUAUCGAGAGGGUCUGCAGCAAAACAGCUACGGUUACGGUGAAAAUGGGAAGGAGAGAAAGCCAGACGAGACCAAGGCGCCAUUUUUCAAGGAGUUGUUGCCCUUGGGACAGAAAAAGAUGGACGCAAUUAGCCUCUCUCUGGAGUCCCCAAUAGUUGUGAUAGGGGACGCGUCUGGCUCGAUGCAAGUGGCGAUAAGAACAAGUUCCAUCAUCGCAGGCCUGUUGACAGCAAUAUGUCAGGCUCAACUCGUGUUCUUCAACACUGAAAAUAUCGUCCCUCCAUAUGUACCUAAGAACAUUGAAGAGGUUCUAAACCUAGCUGUGGAGAUGCAGGCAGGAGGUGGUACGACCCCUGCAGCCAGUCUGUGGCCUUUCUAUGAAAAAAAGGAGGUCGUGAAGACGUUCAUCAUUGUGACCGAUGAAGAAGAGAAUGGCCAGAGUCAUGGCGAUAACUUCAAUGGCCUGUACCAGAAGUACCACGACGAAGUGUACCCGGCGAAGCUCGUCUUCGUCUCAUUCUUCCAUAAUCAGAAUUCUCGCGGUGAUAUGGUACCCAAAUUGGAAGCCAACGGCCACAAACCAAUGCGGUUCAUUUUCGACUUUGCCCGACCAGAUUUGACGAAGCUGGACAAGAUGUUUGGAAUGCUUGUGUCUGGGACGACUAAUUUUGAUGACGAAAUACGCCAGGUACAGUUGGAUAUCAAGAGCGGGCGCCUGGCGAAAGUUUUUGAAAAAAUGGAGAUUUGAGGUCAGAACCCAUGUUCAUAAAGCUUCGUUCAGGUUUUUUUUCCACUUUUUGGGAAGAUAGCCCAUGGCUUUGGAUUUGGGAGGUUUAUCUGCAUUUUCAUGAAAUUGGGAAAAUAAAUUCAUUAGCCUUUUUUUUCCACACGAAAAGUCCACAGACAAGGGAAAUACUUUAUUUGAUAUAACUCUUUAUAAUCAUUCAAAUUAAAAAAAAAAUAAUCAUAUAAUACUUUGUUUGAGGUAAUUGAAUUAAAAUUGAGAUAAAAUACACAUUAGACACUUCUUUCUAAAAAAAAAUAAAAAAAAAAAAAUUUUUUUUUUUUUUUGUAAAUUGGGAAUUUUUUGCCACAUUUUGGGAAAAAAGUAAACUUUUUGGGAUUGGGAACAUAGCCGAAUUUCGGCUAUAAAAUCGGCCAAAAAAAACCCUGUCGUUAUUUUAACUAUUUUAAGUAUAUAUAUAUUCAUGACAACUACCAAGAGUCUGAGGUAAUUUAAUACGUAUUUUUAUGCCCCCCUUAAAAGAAGAGGGGGUAUAUUGUUUUGCACAUGUCGGUCGGUCCAUCUGUUUGUCUGUCCAUCAAAUGGUUUCUGGAUGAUAACUCAAGAAUGCUUAGGCCUAGGAUCAUGAAACUUCAUAGGUACAUUGCUUGUGACUGGCAGAUGACCUCUAUUGAUUUUCAGGUCACUAGGUCAAAGGUCAAGGUCAUUUUUGGGGGGCAUAUGUGUCCGACCGGAACACUUGCUUACAUUAAAUUGUCUUUAAAUACUUUAUAUUGCUGAGAUGUUAGGUAUCGUAUCUCGUUAUUAACAUAAAUCUUUGGAUACAGUUCAAAAAGAAAAAUGUGAUAAGAAAGUCAAUGUUUUUGCUCGAGGAACCGUGAAUACCCACACAGGAUAUUCCUCUUAUUCCAAAUUAUUAUGUUCAAGUUUUAAGUAUUUACACCAUUCAAAACGGUUAAUUGUGAAAUUAUAGUUUUAACCAUAUAUGCCUAGCGUCUAGAAAAAAAGGCCUUGGCAAACAGUGUUAACCCAGAUGAGACGCUGCAUGAUGCGGCGUCUCAUCAGGAUCUGCGCUGUUUGCUUAAUGGAAUUUCUGUAAGAAAUAUUCUAAAUAUAGAAAUAAAUAUACUGGACAUCCAUAGUUUUGGAAAUUAAUUGAUCCAAUUUAAAAGGAUGGGAGAGUCCACUAGGCAUAAAUGGGUAAAUCAACUAUAUCAUGGCUUCAAUGUUCAAGACCAUGACCAAGACCAAUGGGCAGGUGCCAUACAUGAUACUCAACUUACUUUUUUAAAUUGUGUCUACUAUUGAGCUGUGAUAACUAUUGUGCACACAUACAUAAAUUGCAUCCUUUAAUAUUAUUUCUAUUGUUAUAGAUAUUGUUAUUGUUAUAAAUAUUUAUGUGGAUAUGUUGUUGUUUUUUCUCCUGUUAUUAAUAAUAAUUUUCAACACAAAACAUUUGAUAACUAUUGUGCAUUUGUUAACUGUGAUAACUAUUGUGCUUGUGAAAUUUAAAUAAAUGAUUAUUUUUUAACACAGUUCACGUUUUGUUAUAUUUUAUUUUACACUAAAUAUUUAUUUUCAUAUUUAUGAAUAAAUUGUUGAGCUCCUA